GGAAGUAAACGAAACAACUACAGCAGGUGUAGGGGGAAGCGCAGUGAGCUCUGUGUUUUGUUUUUUUGUUAAACUGAACUGACACUGAAAUAUUCAUGUCAUAGGCUUAAGAGGUGAUCUCGUCAAUUAGCUUUAAAGCUAAUAAAAACAGCCUUUGAGCGGUUAGCAUUGUUAGCAGUAGCCGAUCAGCUGAUCACUCAGUAAUAAUAAUAAUAAUAAUGGAGGCUCGCUUCACCAAAGGCAAGUCCGCGUUACUGGAGCGGCCUCUGAGCCGACCGAAGACCGAGGUGAGUGUGUGCGCCUUCGCCCUGCUGUUCUCGGAGGUGGUGCAGUACUGCCAGAGCCGGGUCUACUCCGUCACCGAGCUGCAGGCUCGGCUGUCCGACAUGGGGCAGAGGGUCGGGGGCAGCCUGCUGGACGUCCUGGUGCUGAGAGAGAAGAACGGCAAGAGGGAGACCAAAGUACUGAACAUACUGCUGUUUGUCAAGGUAUCCGUGUGGAGAUCUCUGUUCGGCAAGGAGGCGGACAAGCUGGAGCAGGCCAACGACGACGACAAGACCUACUACAUCAUCGAGAAGGAGCCCCUCGUCAACACGUACAUCUCUGUUCCUAAGGACAACAGCAGCUUGAACUGUGCCGCCUUCAUCGGAGGGAUCGUGGAGGCCAUCCUCACGCACAGCGGCUUCCCCGCCAAGGUCACCGUGCACUGGCACAAGGGCACCACUCUUAUGAUCAAGUUCGACGAGGCGGUGAUCGCCAGAGACAAAGCACUAGAGGGAAAAUAGGGGAGAGACGAGAUGACAGAUUGUGUGUGUGUCUGUCUGUCUGUCUGUCUGUCUGUCUGUCUGUCUGUCUGUCUGUCUGUGUGUGUGUGUGUUGGACAUAUGAGUGAUGUUAGUUAACAGCUGAAUGUCUUACCACUGCAGACUGUUGUGAACGCAGUUUACGUUAUUUUUCCUUUUCUUAUUAGUUUGUUUUUUUUGGUUCAUAAGGUGUCAGGCAAACACUCAAAGACUUACAGUCUGCAAAGGUUCACAGCUACUUUACUACAUGUGUUUUGACGGGUGUGAUGGGGGUAAUAUCUGUGUCCCUCUCACAUUUUGGUAUGGCAGGAUCACCACACCACAUUUCCCAAAGAUAGGGCAGCCUAACCUGGGUCACGGGUUUCAGCUCGCAAUUUAAAAAAAAAUGGUUGGCAUCCGUGUUCAUGCAAAAAAAGUCUUGUCUGUAUUUUACUCUGGAAUGUAAAUAAAUAUACAAGGAGAUUUUUUUUCCCCUUAAAGUC